UGGAAACCCUGUCCGAGGACGAGGAAGAGGAAUGUUUGGGAGAGGUGUCCGAGGCGGUCAGCAUCCGUGCCAACCUGUUUGGCUGUCCCUCGGGCAGCCAGGGCUACUCCCCGGCCCCGGGGGGCCCCUUUUCCGCCCUCACCCCCUCCAUGUGGCCCCAGGACCUGUUGGCCUCUCUCGCUCAGCCCGAAGACACCGGCUGCCACCACGACUGUCGUUUCGACGAGUUUGGAUUCAGGAUCGAAGACGAGGACGGACCGGAGCAAAGUUCCCGUGCCUCCCAGGAGGAGGCCUUUGUGGAGAAUCCGCAGCACCGGCUCCAGUGGAUCGCCUACCUCGAGUUCACGCAUAAUGACGAGGUCGGUGACCUCACGUGGGACAAGGUGGAGCCCCAGCUCCCACACAGCGACCGACUCCACUCGAUGCUCCGCUCCGGCGGCAUUCCGCACUCGCUGCGUCCGCAGCUGUGGAUGCGCCUGUCGGGGGCGGCCCGCAAGAGGCUCUCGGCCGACGUCUCCUACAAGGAGGUGGUCCGGGCGAGUGCUAACGACCACCUGCUCAGCUCCAAGCAGAUUGAAAAGGAUCUGCUUCGGACGAUGCCGACCAACGCCUGUUUCUCGCACGCGACGAGCACGGGCGUGCCGCGCCUACGACGCAUCCUCCGGGGCCUCGCUUGGCUCUACCCAGACAUCGGCUACUGCCAGGGAACCAGCAUGAUAGCGGCGAGCCUGCUGCUGUUCCUGGAAGAAGAGGACACAUUCUGGAUGAUGUGCACCAUCGUGGAGGACAUCCUUCCAGCCUCAUACUACUCGAGCACCCUGGCAGGGGUGCAGGCCGACCAGCGGGUGCUCAGGGCUUUAGUCACCGCCUGCCUGCCGGACCUGGACGCGGUCCUCCGUGAGCACGACAUCGAGCUGUCGCUCAUCACGCUGCACUGGUUCCUGACGCUGUUUGCGAGCGUGGUGCACACGCGGGUACUGCUGCGCAUCUGGGACCUGCUCUUCUACGAUGGCUCCAUCGUGCUCUUCCAGGUGCUGUUGGGAAUGCUGCAUACUAAGGAGGCAGAGCUGUGCUCCCUGGAGAACUCUGCGCAGAUCUUCAACGCUCUGGCCGACAUUCCCGGCGAGAUGGGGGACAUGGGGCUGCUUCUGGAGGCGAGCGAGCGGGCGUCGGCGGACGUGACGGAGGCAGCCAUCGACGCCCUGCGCCGCAAGCACCUCGCCUACCUCAUGGCCGACCAGGGGGCGCUGCUCAACCCCGAACAUGCCCGCAACCUGCCCAAGCAGCACCUGACGAGGCGCCAGGUGAGGCGCUCCAAGUCGGUGCUCCACAUCCUGCUCCACGGCAGCGGUCCGGACGGAGGGGUCGGCGAGGACGACGUGCGGUCCAAGAACGUCCGCCAGACGGAGAUCCUCGUGGACCUUCGGGAGGCCAUCCUCCAGGUGGCCAGGCACUUCCAGGCCCUCGACCCCAAGCUCAAAGUGACGCUGUCCUCGGACUACUCCAUGGAAAGCCACUCGAGGGACCACGAGAACUUCGCCAACGUUUCCCGCUCCCGCCAUCGGCGCGCCAAGGCGCUGCUCAACUUCGAACGGCACGACGACGACGAACUGGGCUUCCGCAAGAAUGACAUCAUCACGAUCAUCAGCCAGAAGGACGAGCAUUGCUGGAUCGGAGAACUCAACGGACUGCGCGGGUGGUUUCCGGCCAAGUUUGUGGACCUGCUGGACGAACGGAGCAAACAGUACUCCAGCGCAGGUGACGACUCAGUGACGGAAGCCGUCACGGACUUGGUCCGUGGAACCCUGUGCCCUAGCCUGAAGGCUGUGCUGGAGUACGGCAUGAAGCGCUCUACUAUCCUGGGUGGGACAUGUCACCCCUGGCUCUUCAUCGAGGAGGUUGCCAACAAAGAGGUUGAGAAGGACUUCAACUCCGUCUACUCUAGGCUCGUCCUCUGCAAGACGUACAGGCUCGACGAAGACGGAAAAGUGCUGACACCUGAAGAAGUCUUGUACAGGUCGGUGCAGUCGGUCAACCUGACACACGACACCGCGCACGCGCAGAUGGACGUCAAGCUACGCUCGCUGAUCUGCAUCGGGCUCAAUGAGCAAGUGCUGCACCUGUGGUUCGAGGUGCUCUGCUCGAGCCUGGCGGUGGUUCAGAAGUGGUACCACCCAUGGUCGUUUGUCAACAGCCCCGGCUGGGUGCAGAUCAAGUGCGAACUCAGACUGUUGUCGCAGUUUGCCUUCAACCUGAACCCCAACUGGGAGCUGCCGGUCAAGCGGGAACCCUCCCAGCCGCUUCGCGAGGGAGUCCGGGACAUGCUGGUCAAGCACCACCUCUUCUCCUGGGACCUCUGACGUGGCGACCCCGUCCUACCUCCGGCCGUUUUCCCCGUCUCGGCAGCCAUCUCACGAUACCCGGGCGUUGCCGUUCGAUCCGCGUAAGAGUCCGUCUCGACGGGUGCAAUUGUUCCCGUCAAAAAGAUAAGUUUACCUCUGGCUAGCUCUCUUAGAAUGCGACGGAAAGAACGGCGAUUUUUUUUUCCCCGUUUCCGUGGGAUGCGUUUAACAGACUGUCGACCUUGUGCGUCUUGGUGGCCAUCUUGCUACACCCAGUCGUGCGUGGCAUUGCCGGGCGGCUAAAGGCUCGACACUGUUUGAUUCUCGUAAAAGUCCAUCUUGAUAGAUAUAUUUAUUUCUAUUGGAAAGAUGCAGUUGAGUUUGCCAUCGACCAAGUCUUCCGAGAUGCAACGGAAACAGAAAUGCAGAGUUUUGUUUGAUAGCUUCAUCUUCUUUUCUUUUUUUUUGGCUCUGUGGGACAAGUUUGCCAACAAGGUGACCUCGCCUCGGAAGGUGAAGUUACGUUGAAAUUAUUCGUUGCUGUCUUUGCCAGUGUCUAAGUUGGUACACCAACUCUGCUCUUUAUGACUUUACCAAAAACAAAUUUAUGCGCGAUGAUCAUAGGGGUUCUAACUCGGCCACACACCGCUACCGUUACAUGCGAAGAACUUUGGUAUAAACUUCCGCUGCUAGCGAAAGCGAAAAAUAGGCUAAAAUUGAGUUGGGACCCAUUUACCCAAACUUGGGAGAUAUCAACGUUUCUUUCUGGACCCGUUGAGCGAUUCCUUACAUGGUUUUUACAAUUUGCAACGCUGUCACUAAUACAAAACGAGGCGGGUAUGUGCCCUCGCGAGAUACGCAGUAAGGAAACGUUUCGCUCUACCAAUCAUAAUGUCAGAUUUGUUUUCGAAAUUAAUGAAAACACAGUUACAGAUUUUAGCCACACAUAUGGACACUGAAAAUUCUUUGGACUGUGUUCUAGUUGUAACAGAUGCCUUUUGGAGAGCAAAAAAAGACCGCUCUAUGCUUCAGACUGACUGAAAUUCAAAACUCUAACCAAAGUUUAAUAAAAACAAAAUUCCCCGACGUCUCGGGACCACGCUGGUCACGAGGCGACUGUGGGUCGGGCGGAGGAGUGAGCCGUUUAUGUAGGCCGGUUGUUUCGCAAGUGCAUGCUGUACCUGGGAAUAACGUUCUGUGGUGUUUUGAGAGAAGCGAAGAGUGCACGCCGACAGCUUUGAUCGGCGCUCAAGGUCGCACCUGUGCCCCUAACUUCGACUUGAUUACCACACAAAUUUGCCCCCGAGCAAAGCUGCGCAGGGUGCUGGCAGGUCGGUUUUCCCACAGUGCAACCCUAUCACGAGGCAAAGCCAGCCACCCCAAAGUACUGUGGAAAACUGAAAACUGGUCAUCACAUUGCGAGAAAGGCGCAAAUAUGCCGAGUCGUGCUCGGCUCCAGUCAUGAAGCAUCCCCAGAUCUGUAGAUGUUGUGAUGGAGGGAAUGUGGGAAACUGGUGCUGUCUUUUUUGCGAUCUGCCGACAUUCCUACAGGACAUUCCUUUUGUGCCGUUUUGCAGGCCGAAUUUACGGAAGUGUGUCUGUGCCAGUUUGGCCGCUAGUCUAGGCUAGAGUCGCGAAGUAAGCUAAGCUCAAGAGUGACGUCGCUUUGGUCAUUCUGGUCAUCGGCUAACGUGGGACACGAGUUUUCUUUCUUUCCUCGUAUUGCAUAGACCCAAUGCAAUGUCGACUCUUCGGAGCAACUGCAUAAAUCGGUUUCUUCACAGAUUGCGACGCAAUUUAGCACAGAGCUGUAAUUAGAUGGUUAUCUUUUUUGUGAAAAUAUGGAAGGAUGAGUUUACCAGUGUAAAAAUUUACUAAAAACUCAUCUUUUAUCAUAUACCAUAAUAUCCUUGAGAGAUGGCCCAUUCCCGAAAGGUGGCCCACCCCUACAUUUUGCUUGAUUUUAUAUAUUUUUUUUAACACCGAAAGAUAGCCCACUUCUAGUAAUAGUACGUAGUGCUGGGAUCCAUGAUGGCCUCGGCGCGUAAAUGCGGCUGGUUAGCUACGGCGGAAUAUACCCGAUCAUUGAUGAUUGGGAAGCAGUCAUCUUUGCUUCGUUGCCCCUUGCCACAAUAACAAGCUUGGAAGGGAAGCAUGACCUAAAAAUAUAAUGGUUUCAACUUUUCUUGAUUGUGCACCGAAAGUUAGCUCACCACAUAUUUUCACCCGAUUUUCUCUCGAUUUUAGGUGGGCUAUUUCUCGGGAUUUUACGGUAGGCUAAGUGCAUAAAACCAACGAACAAAACAAUGAACCGCUGGCAUUUAUUUUGGCAAAAUGAAGGAAAUAAAAUUUAAGCAAAGUUUUGUUCCGUCUCCUUCCACCUGUUUUUGUGUCGCAAUACUAAACGCCACAUUGGCCCAAAAUGCCAUUUGACGACCUUGCAAUAAAAAGGCUUAGCUGCAUGCAAUUCCAUAUGAAAAAAAAAAAAUGUUUUUCUGUUCUUUAUUUAAGCAAGUUUAUGUUUUUAUGCUUUCAGAUGGUAGAUGAAUCACCUACAGGCAUACUUAGAGAAACCGAUUUAUGUCCUCCCUUCAGAAAGACACUGCACCAUUGGAUCCACACUGUGGUCGAGGCAACAAAGAGACCAAAGCAACAAUGCCGGAUUCCCCCGGAUUUCGGAACUGUGCCCCUCGCCAACAUAUAUGAAUCUCUAAGCAUCAGAAUGGCGGUAUCCACGAGUUGACCAGUCAAUGCAAAUAAACUGACGACCGCUGCGGCAAUGUUAGACAUUAGGGAAAAGUUGGCGAUACCCUUGAGCCGAGCUCGCGACUCUAGAUUCGACAUUUCAAGAUCAUCCGGCAGACGUGCUUUCAUCUAUCAUUUGGUUGACACCUUAGUCAACUCGUUCGCUAGUCAAAUCCCGUAUGAAUGUUCCUGGUUUGUGUUGACGUAUGAAGUGCAAUGUUCAUGUUGGGUUUCAAUUUUUUUUUUUACGGUGCAUGUUCAAGAAGGAGUUGAGGAAGAUCACUGAGAGAAUGACACUGUAUUGCCCAUUUGUUUUUCUCUCUUUGACGGACAUUUUCGUGGCGUGGGUUGUCUUUGCAAAGUUUUCACUAUGGUUCACUUCAAAAUGGCCACUGUUUGAGCACUGUUUUUAUUAUUUUUAAAGCAAUCCUUUUUUUUUUUUUUGUUUAAUGCCUUCACAUAGUUGUUUCAUUCAUUUCAUUCUGCCAUAUCAUUCCAGGGAUAUGCAUUCCUCUGGAGUGAAUUGUGUUCAGACUUCCAUUGUGAUACCAAUGCCAAGAAAAAACUGCCGUUUGGCAGCUGCCAUUUUGUUCCAUUGCACAGUUCACCCGGCGUCACCUGACUGGGAAACCACCAGUCAUUGCCAGAAAACGAUAAGCUACGAGCUUGUUUAUUUAAAUAGGUAAUUAAGUAUUUAAGGGAUAAACCGUAGCUUUAAAAAGACAGUCGGGCGACUAGCAGGUGGCAACCAAACGCAGAACGCUUGGUUCCUUGCGAGCAGACGACGUAAAGCGGAUGUUGGCACUACAGAUUCAUCUUUGCCUCUAGUGCCGGUUUGCAAAUUAUCCUCUUCAUACACACGCAAACAUGAAAUAAAAAAGAAAAUAUGGGAGAAAUAAAAUCUUUAUGCAGUUGUUACAAGUUGUGAGAACUGAGAGAGCUACAGUAGUUUGUUACAACACAAGAUUUGCAGUAGGAGCUCUGCCUCUGGCACAAGCUUUCUGCCUUUGAUGACACUUCAUUAUCUGGCGAGCGAGGAGUACACAAAGCUUCACCUGCGGAUCAUAUGUUGCAACAGGCUCAAAUACAAUAACAUUAAAGGACCUUCAGAUUUGUUAAAUCCGCGGCCAAUUACGAUUGGUUGCCAAAUAAUUGUCAUAUUCCAGGCAUUGCAGACUGUCACGCAAGUCAUUGAAACUAGUUCAAGCGUGGCAGGACUGUGCAGCUCGUAUUCAUUGUGUGUACUCAUAUAAGGUAGAAGACGUGCAAGAUAGCGCAUUACGAAGAGGGUAUUUUUUGCAUCGCAUGCGCGCCAACAUCGAGAGAGUAUAUUUUUGGAGAUGUUGCGCAAACUCCGUUGACCUAACCGAUCCCCGCGUGCACUUUGGGUCCUCUUGUCAAAUACCUGUCUUCCUUCGUUGCAAGUGCAUUUGAGUUCACCCCAAUAAAGAGUUUAUUUCACCCCAAAGGAA